ACGUAAUCAACACAACAAGAACCAAAGGCAAGAGAUAACAUACUUUUUACAACCCUCCUAAGCUGUCGCUGUUCUAAUUUUUUCGUAGAUAUAAUUUUCGUAUUUUUCGUUGUAUAGAUCACAAUUCUAAAUUAAGCCCUGUUAUUUUUCUAAACUUACCUGAGCACUUUCUCAAAUUCUGUAAAAUUUUCUCUAACCUCUGAACUGAGGGAACUCCUUUCGACUUCGAGUACAAUUUUCAAGAAGUUUAGUUCCUCCCUCAGUUUUUUUCUCGUGGUUUUCGGAAAAAUCUUCAUCACAUGUACUUAUCUCAUCUCGUAGUUUAGACUUGUUUGAUGUGUGGGCAGCUGAACUCUUAUUCUUAGUGAAGUUAAGUCAAGGACGAUGGCUGACGGGUCUUUCUACUUCCAUCUCCAACCAUUGAAGGAUAAGUUGACAAAAAAGUAUCCUCGCCGAGACAAUGAGAUUAACACAUUAUUGGGACUGUUUGCCGUGCCUGAAGAACAGAUGUUGCCCAGUCUAAUUGUGUAUGGUCUUUCAUCCACUGGAAAGACCAGCAUUCUUUUGGAACUUUUGACGUUGGUGAAAGUGAAGCAUUGUGUAGUCAACUGUAUUGAGGCGUACACUAAUAGACUUCUGUUGAAACCUAUUAUUGAAACAUUCUUGGGCCAAGAAAGAUGUGAAACGGAAAAUAUUCGGUGUGACUCGAUUAUGCAAUUUGUUCACUUGUUGAAAGCGGAAAGUAAGUCAAAUAAAACAUUCAGGGAGAGUCCUCAUAUCAUUGUAUUAAAAAAUUGUAAUAAACUAUCUGAAAUUCAAUUACAAGCCUUUGCUCGGAUAUCAGAACUGACUGAAAAGGAUAACUUAUGUUGCAUCAUGAUUACCCAAAUAGUACCUUCUCAGUUUAACUUCAAUUAUCCAAUACAAACCAUUGUUUUUCCCCAGUACAGCAAAGACGAUCUGUUAAGUAUCUUGUGGAGUCUGAGACCUCCAGAAUAUACUGAAGAACUCUAUAGAGACUUCCUUAAUCUCUUCCUGGGUUAUUUCCUUCAUGUUUGCAGAGAUCUGAAGGAGCUAAAAAAUUGGGUCAAAAUUGUCUUUAAUAAGUAUGUUGAACCUAUCGAAAAGAAGGAAUUGAAGUUGUCAGACUCAAACCUCAGGUCCUUGCUAUUCCGAGCCAUCAAACCAUACCUUCAAAAAAUAACCAAUUGCGUCUAUCUUGGCACUGAUUUCUCUAUCAAAGGAGCCGUUGAGCCAGAAUCAAAAUUAGGAAAUUCUGCGAUUGAUCUACCAAUGUACACCAAGUACCUCUUAAUUGCUGCGUACUUAGCAUCGUUUAAUUCACCUAAAUAUGACAAAAGGCUCUACCUGAAAGGAAGCGAUAAGGCCAAGAAACGUGCUGCGAUCAAGCAUACUGCUGAAAAGUCUGUCAAACAAUGUUUAGGGCCUAAGGCUUUCUCUCUCAACCGAUUAUUGGCAAUUUUUUAUGCAAUCUGUGAUGAACCAGUCAACUUGACAGUUAAUAUUUAUUCCCAGAUUGCAUCUUUAAUUGAACUGAGGCUGAUGAUGCACAUUAAUAGCGACAACCUUGAUGAGCCCAAAUUCAAAACCACAGCGCCUUUUAGUUGUGUGGAAGAUGUUGGAAAGAAUAUAAAGUUUGAUUUGAAAAAUUAUCUUCUCGGUGUUUGAAAUGGAAAUGGAACAUACUAAGAAAUUCUUCAAGUUGGACGUAUUUCUGCCAAACGGAACUAGGUGCAUUAUGACAUGAGCCCUGUUAUUAAAUAUUCUUAUGGGUCUCAUGUCCUAAUACAUAUAGUUCUGUUUGGUAGAAAUACGUCCAGUUGAUGUUUGAUCAUAGGUUAGUUUUAGCUGUCAUUCAGGUAUUAUUAAGCCAGAGAAACUUGUAAAAAUUUCCCCUCUGAGCCUGGAAUGGGUUACAAUUUACUAUUAUUUGUUUGAAUCCCAAGACUGAUGUAAUUGUUAAUACAUACCGUUUUACUUUACUCCAAGAUUCCAAGAACUUUUUUUUAUCAUUGUGUGCUUCUAAAGUUGGUGAUUAGUGAAUGUAAAUUAUAAUGUAUUAAAAUAUUUUUUACACACAUUUUUA